AUGAAGCUCCCGACAUCUAGGCUGCUUUUCAGACCUCACCAAGGACGAGUAUUUACUCGACCGACUUUCGCUAAGCCCCGAUUUGCUGCACAUUCGAUACGAAGACACAAUUCCACUGCUCAGACCGCAUCGACUGGUGGUUCCAGGAUCUUAAACUUCUUCUACGGUUCAACCCUGGUCCUAGGUUUGGGUAUCAUCUUUGUCUACGUCACAGACACCAGGGCCAGUGUCCAUCGAUACGUUGUCAUCCCUGCCCUGAGAUGGAUCUACCCCGACCCGGAGGAAGCUCAUCAUGCAGCUAACCAGGUCUUGAGGUCUCUCUGGGAUCUCGGCCUUUAUCCUAGAGAGCGAGGGGAUCCCGACAAGGCUGGCGAUCUCGAGGUGGAAGUAUUCGGUCGCAUGAUUCGCAACCCAAUAGCCACAUCGGCCGGUAUGGACAAACAUGCUGAUAUCCCCGACCCUCUGUUCGCAUCGGGCCCAGCCAUUGUCGAAAUUGGAGGAACGACUCCUUUGCCACAAUCUGGCAAUGACAAGCCUCGAGUCUUCCGCUUGACUUCUCAGCAAGCCAUGAUUAAUAGAUAUGGUUUGAAUUCCGAAGGGGCAGAUCAUGUUGCUAUGCGGCUACGAGACCGAGUGAGAAAGUUUGCAUACCGUCUUGGACUGGGUCAUGAUGCUGCUGCCGAACAAGCAGUAUUGGAUGGAAUUGCUGGUGUUCCACCUGGAAGUCUAACCCCUGGAAAAUUGCUCGCCAUUAACAUCGCCAAAAACAAAAUCACCCCUGAGGAUGACGUUGAUGCUGUAACCAAGGACUACGUAUACUGUGUUAAUACUCUGGGUCCUUACGCUGACAUCCUGGUUGUCAAUGUCUCCAGCCCCAACACUCCAGGUCUUCGAUCGCUUCAACAAUCGGACAAGCUCCAGAAGAUCCUCACAGGCGUUGUGGAUGCUGCACGUUCGGUAGACAGGAAGACCAGACCUGCCGUCAUGGUCAAGGUCAGCCCUGAUGAGGAUUCAGAUGCCCAGAUCUCUGGUAUAUGCGACGCUGUUUGGGCAGCUGGGGUUGACGGAGUUAUUGUAGGUAACACGACCAACCGACGACCAGGCCCAAUGCCUCAUUUGGGAAGUCUGUCGCCAUUGGAGGAACAACAUCUUCUCGAAACUGGUGGCUUCUCUGGCCCACAUCUCUUCGAUAGGACUUUGUCUUUGGUAAAGAGAUACAGAAAACUCCUCGAGGAGAAACCUGCGGAGCUCGAACCCGUGCUACAUUCUCCCAGUGCUCUGCAAGCCGAGGCUGCGAAGAUAAAAGAUGAGCUAGCGAGUGCGUCUGGCUCGAAAGAGGAUUCAACACCGGACAGCGUUACCACCUCUGUAGAUACAGGAGUUGUUCCAGUCACCCCGAUUGCUGAGGAGACGAGUUCGGAAAAGCAGCCCUUAUUGAAACUACCCCAAGAACGGUUCUACGAUAAACCCCAAGAUGAACAGGACUCUCUGGUAGGUGUAAAUGCUGAGCCUGUCGACUCCUCCGACCAGCAAGAGAGCCAGAUAGAACGUCUAAGAGCGAUUCAGGCAGCCAUAGAACGGCUGCCUCCCAGAGAACAACGUGAGGCACUUGAAAAAAUGGAAGAACCUAUCCAUCUGGCCUCGAACGAUGAACCGAAAGUGAUUUUCGCGACAGGUGGCAUCACCAAUGGCAAGCAGGCUCUGGAUGUGCUCAACGCAGGUGCUAGCGUUGCCAUGGUAUAUACAGCUCUGGUUUACGGUGGUAUUGGCACGAUCUCACGCAUCAAAGAUGAGAUGCGCGCAGAAAUGAGGCGGCAAACAGAAGAGAGGCGAUCGAAUUCUCAGGAAUGA